UGGCAAUGCUCUGGUUCUCUGGGUUAUCGUGAAAGGAGUGAAGCUGAGAGGCAUGACAGACGUGUGUCUUGUCAACCUGUCCUUAGCCGACCUUCUGCUCGUUUGUUCUCUCCCGUUCUUGGCUGACCACGCCAGACGUGGCUGGGUCUUUGGUGAGCUGAUGUGCAAGCUGGUCCUGAGCAUCUACUACAUUGGCUUCUACAGUGGAAUCUUCUUCAUUACUAUGAUGGGUGUUGACCGGUACUUGGCCAUUGUCCAUGCCAUACACGCCAUGAGGGUUCGAACUAGGACCUACGGUAUCCUUGCCAGCAUCGUCAUCUGGAUCGUGUCCGUCCUGGCAUCCUUUCCCGAGACAAUUUUCCUCAAAGUUAAACAUUACAAGGGCAACAGCAGUGUUUGCCAUUCAUUCUACGGAGGGGAAGAGGACGGAAACAGAACGGCGAGAGCUGGUGGAAUUGUCAAGAUGAACGUGCUUGGUUUCAUCAUUCCACUAAUCAUCAUGGUGUUUUGCUAUUCCAUGAUCCUACGCAGGGUGGCCAUGUCUCGCUCGACCAAGAAGCGGGCGAUGCGUCUCAUUGUCCUGGUGAUGGUUGUCUUCCUGUGUUGCUGGGCUCCAUACAACAUAAUAUCGUUCUUGAAGAGUCUGGAAUUGUUUGGCUUCAUUGGGGAAUGUGAACCUAGUAGGGCAAUACAUUCAUGUCUACAGAUCACAGAGUGCAUAGCGUAUUUCCACAGCUGCGUGAAUCCCCUCCUUUACGUGUUUGUGGGGGAGAAGUUCAAGAGACACCUCUUCAGGCUUCUAAACAAGGGUCCCUGCAUGAAGGUGCAGUUUAUGAAGAAUUACCUGUCUCCAACCAUUGGCUCUGUGUAUUCACAGACUACUAGUGUGGAUGAGCGGUCCACAGGUCUCUGA